AUGAGCACACCAUCGAUUUUCUGUCUCAAAACUUUGAGGAACCUCGAGAAAUCCCGCGAAGGAUACGCAAAUGAAUGGUCUUCAAUCAGUCGUUUACCAGAUGAAAUCAUCCUCCAAGUAUUAAACAGAUUAAUCGAUUUGAAAACCCUUUGCUUUUGCUAUCUCGUUUCCAAACGUUUCUCCUCGAUUGUACUUCAAGUCGAUGCCAUUUCCUUCGCUUCUCCUCUCUCAAACCCUCGCAUUUCCAAUAAGAACACCGUCAGUGAUGUCGCCCCAAGUUCGUCGUUUGCGCGUAUCAUUUCGUCGUUAUACGGUGAGUCCUUUCUAUCUGCCUAUUGGUUUUUAAUCAAGUUUAGAGGAGUCAAGUCCUUAUGUAUCGAACUUCUAUCUUCGGGUCUUCGUGCUGUCGAUAAUCGUUUGUUAAAGUGGAAGGUUAAGUUCGGUAACAGAAUCGAAUCGAUUAUAUUUCUGUUCCCGAAUUCAAUUUCUGAUAACGAUGGAUUAUUAUAUCUCAAUGGAAAUGGGGAUGAAGAUGAAAACAAAAGACGUCGCAUUCCGUAUCAGUGUCUGAAGGAUGUAACGGCUAGGCAUAUGAUGAUGUUGUACUUGGUUAAGGAUCUGCCAUUGUUGGAAGAGGUUUCUGUUACUGAUUCCAAGGGAAGAGGAAGGCUUUCUCUGAGUGGGAAAAAACUCAGUGGGGUGAAGGAAUGGGUACAUUCAACUUCGGAAACUGUGUUCAAUCGUGUAGAGGUUCCUGAUAUAGUAAAUAACUGUUAUAUUCCGGUUUUGAAGUUGCGAGUUUCAGGGUACGUGAUGAAGGGGAUAUAUUUUGGUGUAAUUGAGAUGAAUGGUUUCGAGGGUGGAAAUGAUUUUGUUAUGAACAGUGAAGAUGGUUUUGAAGAUAAAGAAGAGGCUGCAUAUACUGAAGCUAUGAUGGAGAUUUUGGAAAAGCAUAAGGGAAUGAUGCACAGGUUUAUGUAG